GAGAGAGAAAGAACUCGUUUUUCCGUCUCUUCUGUAUUAUAAAUCCCUCGUUUCUAUCUUUGCAACAUCCUUUUAGCCACACCCCCCCACCCACCUUCGUAGAUAUAUACAUAUAUGUAUCUAUACCUAGGGUUUUGUUGAUUUUUAUUUCUCUCUUCAUCGAAAUCAAAUUCCUGAAUUUUUUACCUCAAUCAAUGGGGAAGAAGAGGAAAUCCGAUGCGUCGCGGCUGGACGAGGUGGAUCGUGGCAUGUACACCACCUUCUGCAGCGCGGCAAACUCCCUUUCUCAGCUGUACACCCACGCGAUGCACCAGCAGAAACUCUCUUUCCAGGCCGGCGAACGCCAUUCAAUGGAAAAGAUUUGCAACUGGAUUUUGAGACAGCACGAAAACGGGGCCAGAGUGAUGGCUGGUGACAUACUUGCUUAUAUUCAGAAUGAACUAGAUUAUGCAACGGAGGAACCUCCGCCAUCUCCAAGGCUUCCAGCUCAGCAGCAACAGCCGCCACCUCAUUCAGGACUCCCCAUAUCUUCCAAUGCAUUUGGUCCUGCUUCUGUGGGACAAGGACAUCGUUCAGGUUCAGGUAAUCCAGACCAAACUAGAAGCUCCUCGGUUUUCUCAAACGCCCUGUCUAGUCCAGUUCGCCGGAGCCUCCAGAACUAUCAUUUACCACAGGGAGGCUUCUCUGCGAACAAUCCUAUGCGGACCAAUGAGAACAGCAUUAACCAAAUCAGAGAUACCAAUCCUCCAAGUUCGAACGACACUUCAAUGGACAUGCACGGGGAUAGCCCUGGUCAUGAUUCUCCUUACGGGAAUUGAUCGUUAUUCAAGGAGUCGAGCGUAUUUAUCGAAAAGGGUAUGCUUUUAUAGUUAAGGUGGCGUUACGAGGGUAUUUAUGAAAAAAGGGGGUCUGUAGUAAUAGUUAUGAUUUAUCUUAACGACAAAAUCUGUCGUGCAGAGGUGGCCAUCUGCGAAAGUGGUGAACAAGCUCUAAGAAGUGUCCCAAACGGAAGGAUUUCAUAGAGCUUGAAAUAGAUUGUGGCUUGUAACUGUUCCCGGGUCCUUUUUUUUUUUUUUUUUUUUUUUUUUUUUUUUUCUAAAUCGUGAUGAUGUUUUAUCUAUAGUAUUAUUGUCUUCACGAGUCUUGAAAAUAUUGUCAGCGUGAAAAUAUUUUUCUAUAUAUAUAGUUCAAUAAUUGAUUUAGUUUUUUU